AUGUUGGUAAGUAAUCUAUAUAAUGUGGGCAUCGCAUAUCUAUUGUUGAUUCUAACAUUCAAACCUUGGAAUGCUGAGGCACCAUCACGGCAUGCCCUUGAAGACGAUUACGAUACCAAAGAGGGUCCAAUUCCUGAGAUAACAAUUGAAUCGCUAGACGUACUGGUAGAUUAUUUUGUCUUAUUUUCAAAGAAUACAGAAGUUCUUCUCAGUAGCUUGGAAGAAGGAAAAAAGAUUGGAAAGGUGGAAAUAAGUUACCCUCAAUUAGAAGACCACGAAUCCGAAUUUGAUAUUGAUAACGAAGAUUAUGAUGAGUACAACCAGAUGUAUCUGGCAGCACAUAUGAAAGCAUUGAAUUAUCCAAAAGUUACAAUUGACAUCAUAAAGUUUGAUAACUUUGCUACAGUACAGGUCCCACAUUUCAAAAAUGUUAUAACAAAUCACAUAUUGGCCCGAGCUUUGAUCAAUAAUUUCGAUUCAAAGGUAAAGAAGAACUGGAUAACUGUUUGUCCUGGCAGCCUUAAUUAUAAGUGUACUAUUUGCAAAUUAUUAAUUAAUUCAAACUUCAGCAGUUUGCAGGCUAUGAAAACAAUUCCUAAGUUGGAGCCUCCUCACUUUGUAACUGGAACGGCCGCCUCUUUGAUCUCAAAAUUGAGCCAGCUGUCUAAUUCGAAAUGCAUUUCUUUGGUUCUAAAUUCAGAGGGCCCAAUUGGUUUUGAAAAGAUCGAUGGUGAUGCAUUGAUAGACGCAGGUUAUACUUUAGCUCAAAUCUGUCAAAUCUCCAGCUCUGCCUACCUUAAAAAAUUAAGUAGCUCGGUGAGAAAGAUCAAUGGAUAUUCUAAUUCCUCUAUGUAUAUAUAA